AUGCAAGCCGUACCUGUCGGCGCAGUCGGUGCAACCGGCGUCGUUCCUCAGCACGACAUGAUGCAGGUCGAGGAGGGCCGCAUCCAGCACGACGGCGGCUCGACCGACACGCUCGCCGCCGGCACCAGCUCGCGCGACGAGGGCCACGUCAACGUCAAGAACGCUGAAGCAGAUUUCCAGCACCGCACGCAGACGGGCGUCAAGGACCGCGAGAAGGAGGGCUCGGACACGAGCGAGGACUUUGACCUCCUCGAGUACCUGCGCGGCGAGGCCGACCAGUACGACACCGCUGGGUUCAAGCGCAAGGUCGUCGGCGUCUCGUGGACCAAGCACAACGUGCAGGGUGCCGGCGGCAUGAAGAUCUUCAUCCGCACGUUCCCGGACGCCGUCAAGGAGGCCCUCCUGUGGCCCGUCAUCAAGUACAUGAAGCUCACCGGCAAGUUCGCCGGCGAGCCCAAGAACCUCCUGCACGAGUUCGACGGCUGCCUCAAGCCCGGCGAGAUGUGCCUCGUCCUCGGUCGUCCCGGCUCCGGCUGCUCGACGUUCCUCAAGACGAUCGCCAACCAGCGCCACGGCUACAUGGCCGUCAACGGCGACGUGUCGUACGGCGGCAUCUCGGCCGACGAGAUGGCCAAGCGCUACCGCGGCGAGGUCGUCUACAACCAGGAGGACGACGACCACGCGGCGACGCUCACCGUCGCCCAGACGCUCCUGUUCGCCCUGCGCGUCAAGACUCCUGGCAAGCUCCUCCCGGGCAAGACCAAGAAGCAGUUCAACGAGGAGGUCAUGGAGCUCUUCCUGCGCAUGCUCGGCAUCCCGCACACGCGCAACACCAAGGUCGGCAACGCGUUCGUGCGCGGCGUCUCGGGCGGCGAGCGCAAGCGUGUCUCGAUCGCCGAGAUGAUGGCGACCCGGGCGUGCGUCGCCUCGUGGGACAACUCGACCCGCGGUCUCGACGCCUCGACGGCGCUCGACUACGCCAAGGCGCUCCGCGUCCUCACCGACGUCCACCAGAUGGCGACGUUCGUCUCGCUGUACCAGGCCGGCGAGGGCAUCUACGAGCAGUUCGACAAGGUGCUCGUCAUCGACGAGGGCCGCCAGGUCUUCUUCGGCCCCGCCAAGGAGGCGAGGCAGUACAUGAUGUCGCUCGGCUACGCCGACCUUCCUCGACAGACCUCGGCCGACUACCUCACCGGCUGCACCGACCCGAACGAGCGGAAGCUCGCUCCAGGCCGCACCGAGGCCGACGUGCCGGCGACGCCCGAGGCGCUCGAGGCGGCGUUCAAGAAGUCCGAGAUCCACGCCCGCAUGAUCGCCGAGCGCGACGCCUUCCAGGCCGCCUCGAACGCCGACGAGAAGACGCGCAACGACUUCCGCGAGGCCGUCGCCAACGACAAGCGCCGCGGCGUCAGCAAGAAGAGCAAGUACACGGCGUCGUUCCCGGCGCAGGUCCAAGCGCUCGUCGUCCGCCAGUUCCAGCUCAAGGCACAGGACAAGGUCGACCUCGUCGUCUCGUGGGUCACCUCGAUCGUCGUCGCCAUCAUCUCGGGCGCCGUCUACCUCAACAUGCCGCAGACGGCCGCCGGCGCUUUCACCCGAGGCGGCGCCAUCUUCAUCGCCCUCCUCUUCAACUCGUUCCAGGCCUUCAACGAGCUGCCGACCCAGAUGCUCGGCCGCGCCAUCGCUCACCGGCACAAGCAGUUCGCCUUCUACCGGCCCGCCGCCACGACCAUCGCCAUGACGCUCGCCGAUGCCCCCAACAACAUGGCCCAGAUCCUCAUCUUCUCGAUCAUCAUCUACUUCAUGGGCGGCCUCGCCAGGACUGCAGGAGCCUUCUUCUCGUUCUACGUCAUCGUCCUCGGCGGCUACUUCGCGCUCGCCGGCUUUUUCCGCCUCCUCGGAACUUUGUGCCAGAACUACGACCAAGCCUCUCGCCUCGCGUCGGUCAUCAUCACCAUCAUGAUCUGCUACUCGGGCUACCUCAUCCCGAUCUUUGCCCAGCAGCGCUGGCUGUUCUGGCUCAGCUACGUCAACCCGCUCAACUUUGCUUUCUCGGCCGCCAUGGAGAACGAGUUCAAGCGCAUCGACCUCCUGUGCGAGGGCAGCUACAUCACGCCCAACAGCCUCGGCGGCGCACUGCCGCAGUACCCGACCGCCCUCGGCGCCAACCAGGUCUGCACGCUCGCCGGCGCCACGGCGGGCAACCCGAUCGUCCCCGGCCGCGCCUACAUCUCGGCCGCCUUCGACUACAACGUGAGCGAGCAGUGGCGCAACUGGGGCAUCACGAUCGUCUUCUGGUUCGGCUUCUCGUGCAUCCAGGCCUUCCUCGCCGAGGUGCUCGACCAUGGCGCCGGCGCACCCGCCAUUAACGUCUUUGCCAAGGAGAACAAGGAGCGCAAGGCGCUCAACGAGGCGCUCGAGAAGAACAAGCAGGCGUUCCGCAAGGGCGAGAUGGAGCAGGACCUGUCUGGCCUGGUCGAGACCAAGAAGUCGUUCACUUGGGAGGACUUGACUUACACCGUCCCCGUUCCCGGCGGCCACCGUCAGCUCCUCGACCACGUCCACGGCUACGUCCGCCCCGGCGAGCUCACCGCCCUCAUGGGCUCGUCCGGUGCCGGCAAGACGACGCUCCUCGACGUCCUCGCCAACCGCAAGACGGUCGGCGUCAUCGGCGGCGACCGCCUCAUUGCCGGUCGUCCUCCCGGUCGCGAGUUCCAGCGCGGUACGGCCUACGUCGAGCAGCAGGACGUCCACGAGCACACGACGACGGUCCGCGAGGCGUUGCGCUACUCGGCCUACCUGCGCCAGCCGGCGCACGUCCCCAAGGCCGAGAAGGACGCCUACGUCGAGGAGGUCAUCCAGCUCCUCGAGCUCGAGGACAUGGCCGACGCCAUGAUUGGCUUCCCCGGCUUUGGCCUGUCGGUCGAGGGCCGCAAGCGCGUCACGAUCGGCGUCGAGCUCGCGUCCAAGCCGCAGCUCCUCCUGUUCCUCGACGAGCCGACCUCCGGCCUCGACGGCCAGUCGGCCUACAACAUCGUUCGCUUCCUGCGCAAGUUGGCGGCUGCCGGCUUGCCAGUCCUGUGCACGAUCCACCAGCCGAACGCCAUCCUGUUCGAGAACUUCGACCGCCUCCUCCUUCUCAAGGCGGGAGGCCGCACGGUGUACCAGGGCGAGAUCGGCAAGGACUCGCACGUCCUUCGCAGUUACCUCGCCAAGCACGGCGCGCACUGCCCCGAGAACGCGAACCCGGCCGAGUACAUGCUCGAGGCCAUCGGCGCCGGCUCGAGCAAGCAGGUCGGCGACAAGGACUGGGCCGACGUGUGGAACGAGUCGGAAGAGUUCGCCGUCAUCAAGCAGCGCAUCCAGGAGCUCAAGGCCGAGGGCCUCGCCAUGCCCGAGGACACGGACCCGUCGCUCAAGAACGAGUACUCGACGCCGUUCCUCACUCAGCUCAAGAUCGUCUCGGGCCGCACGUUCAUGGCUUUCUGGCGCUCCCCUGAUUACGGGUGGACUCGCUGUCUAAAUCAUAUCACCAUUGCGCUCGUCGUCGGCCUGACUUUCCUCAACCUCAAGAACUCGGUGGCGGCGCUGCAAUACCGUAUCUUCGUCAUCUUCUUCUACUCGGUCGUGCCUGCCAUCGUCAUGUCGCAGAUCGAGCCCAUGUUCAUCAUGUCGCGCAUGACGUACAUCCGCGAGGCGUCGAGCAAGAUGUACAGCCCCGUCGUGUUCGCCCUGAGCCAGCUCGCCGCCGAGAUGCCGUACUCGCUCCUGUGCUCGGUCGUCUUCUUCCUCCUCAUCUACUACCCGGCCGGCUUCAACAUGGAAUCGACUCGUGCGGGCUACGCCUUUGCCAUGGCCCUCCUCACCGAGCUCUUCGCCGUCACCAUGGGUCAAGCCGUCGCUGCUCUCGCCCCGACCAUCUACGCCGCCGCCAUGACCAACCCCUUCCUUCUCGUCAUCUUCUCGCUCUUCUGCGGCGUCACCAUCCCCAAGCCCGACAUGCCGGGCUUCUUCCGCGCCUGGUUGUACUACCUCAACCCGAUAACCUGGCUCAUCGCCGGCCUCGUCACGAACGAGCUCCACGACCUCGAGAUCACCUGCCUCGAUGGCGAGUUCCGUACGAUCGAGCCUCCUGGCGGACAGUCGUGCGAGCAGUGGAUGGGCGCGUACGUCGGCGCGGCGGGAGGAUACCUGCGCAACCCAGGGGACUCGGCGGCGUGCCAGUACUGCCAGUACUCGGUCGGCGACCAGCUCACGGACGGGCUCGACAUCACGUACAGCGACCGGGGCCUGUACCUCGUCUACUUCCUCAUGUACUCGAUCUUCAACUGCCUCCUCACCAUCUUCGGCGCACGCUUCCUCACGAGUCGUUACUCGAAGCGCUGAGCCGGCAAGGUCGAGUACUGCAACUGUCGUCGUCGUCGUCAUCGUCGUCGUCCUGCACCUCCAGUCGCCGUUUCCUUUUCCUCUCGCGGUCCCUCCCUGUUUCCUCCUUCCCUGCGCAUGCACAUUCCCCUCGUUCCUCUCGCCAGCAUCGUACAGUAAAGCCCCUUCUCCCGCGUCUGUUCCAGCUUCGAGGAGGCUCGAGCGUGCAAUUCCGAGUCUCGUCUCCUC